AUGGUAAUGAUCUCGAUGCCUUCAACCUACUGGUGUUACAGAUGCAGCCGAUUUGUCAGGGUCGGAACCCAAGAUUCCAUCAAUUGUCCAGAUUGCAACGGUGGGUUCGUCGAGGAGAUCGAAACCCCCUCUCGAUCUUCGCUCUCUGAGUCCCGAAGACGUCGUUUCCCCGCAGCCGCCAUGUACAUGGUGCGAACUCCUGAAUCGGGCCCUGGUUCCGGGUCGUCUUCAAGCCCCAGGCUGAGAAGAAGUCGCAGGAAUGGUGGCGAUCGCUCACCCUUUAAUCCGGUUAUUGUUCUUCGUGGGCACAACGAUGGAGGAGCUGGAGCUGGAGCUGGAGGCGGUGCCGCUCCUGGAGGUGGCUUUGAAUUGUAUUACGAUGACGGAGCCGGGUCGGGUUUAAGGCCGUUGCCUGCGAGCAUGUCAGAGUUUUUACUUGGGUCGGGGUUCGACAGGUUGCUAGAUCAGUUGGCUCAAAUUGAGGCAAAUGGGAUUGGAAGAAUAGAUAAUAAUCCGCCUGCAUCCAAGGCUGCUAUUGAGUCUAUGCCCACUGUCGAGAUUAGUGACCAACACAUAGCUAUUGAAUCGUACUGUGCUGUCUGUAAAGAGGCCUUUGAUUUGGGGAGCCAGGCUCGGGAAAUGCCCUGCAAGCAUUUGUACCAUCAAGAUUGUAUUUUGCCCUGGCUUUCGUUGAGAAACUCGUGUCCAGUUUGUAGACAUGAAUUGCCAACUGAUAAUGAGAAUGUUAAUGGUAAUCGUGAUGCAAGUGAAGUGAAUAGAGGAACGAACGAGGUUGGAAAUGAUGAUGAGACGGUUGGACUGACAAUUUGGAGACUGCCCGGUGGUGGGUUCGCUGUGGGGAGGUUUUCUGGAGGGAGAAGAGGUGGAGAGAGAGAGUCGCCUGUUGUGUACACAGAGAUGGACGGUGGAUUUACUAAUAAUGGGGUGCCAAGGAGGAUUUCAUGGGGUUCUAGAGGGAGCGUAUCUAGGGAGAGGGGUGGAUUGAGAAGGAUUUUGCAUAGUUUGUUUGCAUGUUUUGGUAGAGGUGAAUCUUCCACUUCUAGUUCUAGCUCGGACUCUAGAAUAAGCCGGAGGAGUGGCUCAUUGUCAUCAGUUUUUAGCUCCGCAUCAAGACGGCGGAGAGGAUGGGGUUUUGAAGUUAACGAUGGAGGCGACCAGAGAUGGUAGUCUGUCAGGUGGUUAAUAACCUUAGAUGGAGAAUGUAGGUGGAAAAAGUAGACACGGAGAUGAAGGAACAGAGGAGAAUGAACUCCUACAAUUGAGAGGUAUCUAAUGGUUGGACUGGAUUCUGGGAACUUGGGAUAGAAGCUACCCAGCCUUGUGUGUCAAACUGCUUUUGAAUUUAUAAGUCCCUUAUUUUCCUUUUAUUCCUCUAUCAUAUUUGUGCAAUAUGUAGCUACCUUUGGUAAUGCUAUGUUAUAUCCAAUUCUGUAAGUUAAUUUCUAUGCCUAUGAUGCUUAACGAGUAAUGAAUCAUUUUUUGAUGGACAUAUAAUUGGCAGGCAGGUUUAUUU